AUGAUAAAUAAAGGUUCAAUAGAAGCUGUUGAUAGAUUACUCCAGGAUCUAAUGGACUCAAACGCCUUAUUUGGAUCUAAAGUGAUCGUUUUCGGAGGAGAUUUUCGACAGGUAUUACCAGUUGUUCCUAAAGGAACAAAAUCAGAAUUCAUUGAUGCCAGCAUAGUCAACUCAUAUAUAUGGCCACACCUUCAUAAGCUUCAACUUACAGAAAACAUGAGAGCAAGGGAUGAUCCAGAAUUCAUUGAAUAUUUGCUUCGUGUUGGAAAUGGAACAGAGCCUACUGUCAACAACGACUGCAUACAAAUACCUCCAUCAAUGCUGAUAAGAUAUACAAAUGAUGAAGAUUCAAUCAAACAGCUGACUACCACGGUAUUCCCAGAUUUGUCAAUAUUCUCUCAUCAUGAUUUCUCAGCUGUAAAUCGUGCUAUACUCACAACAAAAAAUGAGUUUGUUGAUCAGAUUAAUCAGCAGCUCAUACAUGAUAUGCCUGGUUGCAUUCAAGAAUACAUUAGCCGAGACAAAUGUAUUGAAGAUUCUGACCAAACAAUCAUGGAGGACUUCAUAAAUGCCCUAACACCAAAUGGAUUUCCACCUCACAAAUUGAUUCUCAAGCCAAACACUCCAAUUAUGCUCCUCAGAAACAUGAUCCGCCCCAAGGACUAUGCAAUGGAACAAGGCUCAUCUGCAAAUCCUUAA